CAUCCAAAUUCAUGGGAAGGGCUGUGGUGAAUUUCUGGAACUUGAAUAGGAAGUUGCUUUUCUAAACAGCUUGACACUGAGGGGAGGCAGCAAGACUAUAAGAAGUCUGGGUUGGGCAGACGGCCGAGAGGAAGCUGAGGCGCAGAGGAGAUGAUGUCAUGCUCAGGAGGGAAGUCAGGGAUGGAGAUGCUGCCUGGGGGCCAUUUGGCACACAGAUGACCAGAAGAAGACCUCAGGAAAGCAGAUGAGUGAUAAGAGAAUUGGGUCAUGGAGGCAGGACCCCAGGGUACUCUCUAUUGCUACAAGUGCAAGCAGAGGGUUGAGAUAGAUUCAGAGGAAGACUUAUCAAAAUCGCUCAAGAUGUCAAAUAAGAGUCAAAAGAAGAACCAAAGGAAGCAUUUUAAAUAAAAGGAAGUAUUCAGUAGUAUUUAUUGCUGCAGAAAGGUCAAGGAAGAUAAGAAGGGAGAGUGUUCACUGGGUUUGGUAAUUAGGAUUUCAGUGGUAAAGUUAGCAAGAGCAGUUUAGUGGGCUGGUGGUUGGAGGAGGCUGGAGAUAAAGGGAAACAAGGAAGUUAAAGAACCUGAACCAAAGGGGAAGGAGAGAAAUCAGUAUGGGGGCAGAAGACAAACAGUCCAGGGAGAGACAUUGUCAAUUCUGCCUCUGAAAGCGCAAAGCUAUGGUCUACAACAUAGGAGGAAAGAAUCACUUUCCAUGUCUACUGGAGAAGAAAUCCAGUGCUCGUUCAAAGGCCAGGUGCCUAAAAGCCAUCUUGAACUGGAAAUUUCAGAGAGUGAUCUUCAGAACUGUCCAACUCCUUUGCUUCAGUGCCCUGAUCUUUGAAUUAAUAAAGCAGAAAGAAGUGGCAGCAUGGACCUAUAAUUACAGCAUGAAAGCAUAUUCAUGGAACUAUUCCCGGGUAUUCUGCCAGAAGUACUACACGGAUUUAGUGGCCAUCCAGAAUAAAAAAGAAAUUGCUUACCUCAAUGAUGUCAUACCUUACUACAGCUCUUACUACUGGAUUGGGAUCCGGAAGAUCAAUGAUAAAUGGACCUGGGUGGGAACCAAAAAGCCUCUCACCGAAGAGGCUGAGAACUGGGCUGACAAUGAGCCCAACAACAAGAAGAACAACCAGGACUGUGUGGAGAUCUACAUCAAGAGUGUGUCAGCCCCUGGCAAGUGGAAUGAUGAGCCCUGCGGGAAAAGGAAGCGGGCACUAUGCUAUACAGCCUCCUGCCAGGACACGUCCUGUAGCAAGCAAGGAGAGUGCAUUGAGACCAUCGGGAACCACACCUGCUCCUGCUUCCCUGGAUUCUAUGGACCAGAAUGUGAAUAUGUCAGAGAGUGUGGGGGUUUUGAUCUCCCUCAGCAUAUACUCAUGAACUGCAGCCACCCUCUGGGAAACUUCUCUUUCAAUUCAGAGUGCAGUUUCCACUGCUCUGAAGGGUACGAAUUGAAUGGACCCAGCAAGCUGGAAUGCUUGGCUUCUGGAACCUGGACGAAUGAGCCACCACAAUGUAUAGCUGUCCAGUGCCCACCCCUGAGGACUCCUGAGCGAGGAAGCAUGACGUGUCUGCACUCUGCCGAAGCAUUCCAGUACGGGUCCAGCUGCCGCUUUAGCUGUGAAGAGGGAUUUGCAUUAGUUGGGUCAGAGGUGGUGGAGUGCACGGCCUCGGGGGUGUGGACAGCCGCGGCCCCAGUGUGUGAAGCUGUGCAGUGUCCGCUCCUGGAAGCCCCUGGCAAGGGAUCCAUGGACUGUGUUCAUCCCCUCGCUGCGUUUGCUUAUGGCUCCAGCUGCAAAUUUGAAUGCGCACCUGGCUAUCAAGUGAGGGGCUGGGCCUCAAUCCGCUGCACUGGCUCUGGCCAAUGGACCGCACCCUCACCAGCCUGUGAGGCCAUUGCCUGUGGGCCACUGGAGAGUCCUGUUCAUGGAAGCAUGGAUUGUUCCCCAUCCUCGAGAGCAUUUCAGGACAACACCAGCUGUAGCUUCCAUUGUGCUGAGGGUUUCAGGCUGGAAGGAGCUAACCUAGUCCAGUGUACUGACUUGGGACGGUGGACAGCGCCAGCCCCGGUGUGUCAAGCUCUGCAAUGCCAUGAUCUUCCGGCUCCAAACAAGGCCCAGGUGAACUGCUCUCACCCAUUUGGGGCCUUUAGGUACCAAUCAACCUGCAGCUUCACCUGCAAUGAAGGCUUACACCUGGUGGGAGCAAGCAUGCUGCAAUGCUUGGGUACCGGCAACUGGAGCGCUCCUCCUCCGGAGUGCCAAGCCAUUGCCUGCACACCUCUGCUAAGCCCUCGGAAUGGAACAAUGACCUGUGUCCAGCCUCUUGGAAACUCCAGUUAUAGGUCCACAUGCCAGUUCGCCUGUGAUGAAGGAUUAUCUUUAUCUGGACCACAAAUAUUGGAUUGUACUCCAUCUGGACAUUGGACAGGUUCCCCACCAAUAUGUGAAGCCAUCCAGUGCCCAGAAUUAUUUGCUCCAGAGUGGGGAAGCCUGGCUUGUUCUGACACUCAUAAGGAAUUCAGGGUUGGCUCCACCUGUCAUUUCUCCUGUAACAAGGGCUUUAAGCUGGAGGGACCCAAUAAUGUUGAAUGCACAGCUUCUGGAAAAUGGACAGCACCUCCACCAACCUGUGAAGCAGGCAUAGUAUCAGCUCGUACUUCAGAGGUUCGAUGCCCAGCCCUCAUCACUCCAGAGCAAGGAACAGUGUCCUGUAGGCAUCAUCUGGGAACCUUUGGUUUGAAUACCACUUGUUACUUUGAAUGCAAAGUUGGAUUCACACUCAUGGGAGACAGUGCUCUCAGAUGCAGACCUUCAGGACAAUGGACAGCAGGAACCCCGGCAUGCAGAGCGGUCAAAUGCUCUGAGCUGCAUGUUAUUGAGCCAGGUAUGAUGAACUGCUCCAACCCCUGGGGAAAUUUCAGCUAUGGAUCAACCUGUAGCUUCCAUUGUCCAGAGGGCCAGUUACUUAAUGGUUCAGCAAGAACAGCAUGCCAAGAGAACGGCCAGUGGUCAACUCCCAUGCCAGCCUGCCAAGGGCCGUUGACAAUCCAGCAAGCCCUGACUUACUUUGGUGGAGCAGUGGCUUCUACAAUAGGUUUGGUGACGUGUGGGACAUUGCUGGCUCUGCUAAGAAAGCGCUUCAGACAAAAAGAUGAUGGGGAAAGCCCCUUGAACCCUCAAAGCCACCUAGGAACAUACGGAGUUUUUACAAAUGCUGCAUUUGACCCGAGCCCUUAAGAAACCUGUCCUGCUGGUCUCCUCACUCAACCUCCAUGGGAUCCUAUUUUUGAACAUCAGCCUUCCUGCCAGACUUGACUUCUACUGUAGCAUAUUUGCUGCAGUUUUCUGGAAAUACUUGUUAAAAAAGGACAUGGGGUUUCCUGUAGAUUAGUUCUGAAUGAGAGCAGAAAGAUUGUGUCACAAGCCCAAACUCUCCACCCACAACCCCUUCCUGCUCCACCUCUUCCUUAAGCCUCAGAAGCCAGGACUGAAUGUCUGCAGUGGUCUGUGGGCUUUGCCCAGCUGUCCCUUCUUGAAAGACUAAUUAAGCAGAGACUGAAGCAUCUGACUUACCAGAAGACCAGACUGUGGAAAAAUAAAAAUGUUUCUUUAUUUUUGGAUUGGAGGAAGGCAUACUCUACUUUGUUGGAAGGCAGGUGGUGUCUGUGACUUGAGGGAAUUUCUGUAAGAUCUUCCCGGGUCUCCAGUGCUUGCUGUCUAUGAAGCCUAUUAUACCCUCGGCUGCAAGGCCUCCAGAGAGGCCUCUGGAUGGCACCAGAGAGUGCAGAAGACCAAGAAUCAAGAUAGGAAGGCACAUGUCACCUUCCCUCCACUGGUCACUCUCCCCAAAAGAACCUCAAGACCAAAAUUCAAAUGUGCAAUUAAAAAGAUUCUUCCCAAAUGCCAUGCUCUAUUAUUUGAUGUUUUGUUCAAUAAGAU